GAGGCUUCGAGCCAAUGGCCCGCCGGCGGCGGUUGGUCGGCAGCCAAUGGGAGCGGAGCGGGGCGCUGGGGGGCAGGGUCCUGUCAGGGGAGGCGGCGGUUGGGCUGAGCCGGUGACCGAGGCGGGUUGCCUGGGAACGCAGGGCCUGAGCACUGAGGGCUCACCAUGGCCAAGCUGCAGGGGCUUCAGGCUGACUACGUCUUCCGCGGAACGGAGCACGUUGUGAGGAUGACCGUGAACGGGAGCGUCCUGGAAGUGGAAGUGGAGGACCGGCUCACCACCGAUCAGUGGAGAGGAGAAUUUGACGCUGCCUUCAUUGAAGAUUUAACUCACAAGACCGGGAACUUCAAGCAGUUUGGGAUCUUCUGCAGCAUGCUGGAGUCUGCCCUGAGCCAGAGCAGUGAGUCGGUCACCUUAGACCUCCUCACCUACACUGACCUGGAGGCGCUGAGGAGCCGGAAGAUUGGGGUGGGCCCGAGGCACGCGCCCUCGGCUUCCAAGUCCUCGCUGCUGAGCUCCAAGCGCUAUCUCAUCCUCAUCUACUCCGUCGAGUUUGACAGGAUCCACUACCCGCUCCCGUUGCCCUAUGUGGGCAAGCCAGACCCUGUAGCGCUGCAGAAGGUCAUCAGGGAGCUGAAGGAGGAGCUGGCCGUGCUGAAGGCCAAACCAGGCAGGGAUUUCCGGGAUGCGGAGAUCCGCCGGCUGCGGGACGAGCUGGGCCGGGUGCUGGAGGAGAAGCAGGAGGUGGAGUCGGCCCUGCUCGGGCUGCAGGAGGAGCUGAAGCUCUGCAGCAAGAGCAGCGCCGGGAAGGAGGUGAAGAUCCUGAAGAAGAUUGUCCAGAGCCUGGAGGAGGAGCUGCUGAAGGAGCGAACCAAGCACCAGCGAGCGGCCAGCAAGCGCCUGCAGGAGAACCGGCAGCUGGCUGACGAGCUGGCGGAGGUGAAAGCAUCGGAGAGGAGCCUCCGGGUCCGAGUGAAGAGUCUGACCAAUGAGCUGGCCUUAUACAAGAAAGGGCGCUUGACCCCCACCGGCCCAUCCCCUCAGAACCGAUCGGCGUCCUCCCGUGGCUUCAGUCACGCUGCCCCGGGCCGGAGCAGCGCUGCGGCCGUGGCCCGAGAGGAGCGACGCUCCACCUCCAGGGAGCGCUCCAACUCCCGGGAGUGUGGCGGGGCCUGGCCAGUGAACCGGCCACGCUCCACGUCCAGAGAAGGGCGUGGCGGGAGCCAGACCCGACUCCCUCGCCAGUCACCAUCACCCACAGGCACCCGGCCGCCGCGCUUCGACCCCACGGCCUUUGUGAAGGCCAAAGAGCGGAAGCAGAAGGAGGCUGAACUGAAAAACCAGCGACGGAUCCGGCGGGGCGCGGGUGAUGCACCGCCCGGCAGCUGGGGCCGCUCCCACUCCCGGGGCCUGGCAGCCUUCAGCAGAGACAGCCUGGGCAGGAGUCGCGGACGCAGCUCGUCGGUGGAGAGCUUCCGCAGCCAGCGCUCUUCAGCAAGCUCGGGCAGCGAAGUGGAUGAUUACUCCGAGCCGGUACCCCUAAGGGGCAGGCGGCGGGCACCCAGAGGCAGGAAGCCCUUGAGUUCCUCCUCCUGGAACGGCCCCACCGGGGCUCCUCGAGCGGAUGCCGGCCGCAGGAAACGCCUGGCCAGCACCCCCACCGCGAGCAAGCGAGCGGAUAAAGAGAACCUGUAUGAUGAGCCGUCGGCCGACCUGUCUGAGAUCGACGCCCGGCUGCAGGCCCUGCAGGAGUACAUGAACAACCUGGACACCAGGACGUAGCCAGUGGAGUCUGGGAGGGGGAGGGCGGGCACGUGGCCCAGGCUCGGAGCCCUCCACAUUGCUUGCAGGGGGGCCUGGAGAGGUGGGCCAAGCAACCAGGCCUUGGAGCCCUCCCUCCCUUGGAGCUCCCAUGGGCCAAGCCAAGACCUCUCUCUCCCACAGGGACCGUUUGCGCUGCUGUCUCUGGGCAGGACAGGGCUCUACUCCAGGCUGGACAAUAGAAGAUUAGCAAGGUGGAUAUUUGGGAGCGGGGGCUCAGGAUCUUAGUUCCCCCAUAGCUUGUUCCCAUCAGAAAUCCCCACCCCCCCCGGGCUGGACAGAAGGCAGGUGGCUUUGUAGUUGUACCCAAGUAGCCCAGGAGCAAAGGAUCAUGGGACAUUUCCUCCUGGGAGUGACUCCCUUCGCAUUGGUGGCAGCUAGGAGGCGCCUGCCCCACUGUGGCUUGUGGAUUUCUGACCCCCUCUGGGAAGGGGAAGGCCACUGCGGAGUGGAGGGUCCUAUGGAGAUCUCAACAGGCUGAUGGGACCCUCUUCUAGCCCCCCCAACCCCACCUUCUCUCUCCUGUUUAGCUCAGUUUUAGCAGCCUGACGCGGGGAGGCUGGAAUCCUGCAAUCGGUGGGGGAAAGGGGGCAGCUUCUUAACACGCAGGCCAAGCAAGCUCCAGACAGGGACAGCACUUCCCUGCUUCUGUGGCACGGUCUGAUCUUGCCAAGCCCUCUCCCUGCACCAGCUGCUCCUAGCUAACCACGUCCCACCACGGCAGCCGAGAGGGUAGGAUGCCUUGCGGCCAGUUUGCCUGCCUAGGCGAGCAGGCUGCCCUGCGCUCAAUCCCCUGCUCUGAGCACCCGGGAGAGAGCGAGCAGGGAGAGGCACCAGCCUCCGGCUCCUUGAGCUGGUCGUGCCUGGAGGCAGUGAAACGAGCGAGCUAGUGUUCAGUCUCUGGCUGUUCCAGCAACUUAACUGCUUUUAACGUUGGUGCGUGAAAUCUCCCGUGUCUGAGCGGCUGGGGGAGCGUCUCCUGUGCUCCCCCUCAUCUGGUUUCAUGGCAGCACACGGGGCUUCAGGAGACCUUUGGCCAUUGCUCCCUCAGCUGCUCUAAGCCUCCUGCCUGGUUGAUGGGCCUGGAGGAGCCUUGGACCAGCUCAGCGCUGGGCAUUCAGUUGUUGGAGCUAAAAGCCCCAUGCCUCAGCAGCCCUGUCUGGUCCCCCCACUUCUCCGGUUCACUCCACGAACAAGCCAGUAGCGGCAUCCACGGUUAAUCCGGCAGUGCUGGCCCCUGAGCGUAUCUGGUUCCUCUCAGCGCCCCAGUGGGCGGCAGGUGUUUGUGUUGUGAUCCUGUGUGCGCCCCAUCCCCUUACAUGGUGUUGCUCUGCUGUGUUGUGUGAUGAUCCCUGUUGUAAAUAAACCUUUCUAACUUCU